AUGGAAGUACCUACAGACGAGACAGAAACAUUUGCUGUCGACAAGCAGACCAAAAAGCACACACCGUUAUACCACCCCAACAAAUCCUCCAAAACCAAAGUAUCAUAUCAUUACAAUCCUGAGGUAGCGAACUACCACUAUGGAACUCUACACCCAAUGAAGCCUUUUCGGCUAAUGUUGACCGAUCACUUAGUGAGCACAUACAAACUUCACGAAAAAAUGGAUUUGUACACCCCAAGAAGAGCCACAAAGGACGAGUUGUUACAAUUUCAUUCUGAAGAUUACAUCGAUUUUCUCCAAUCAGUGACUCCAGAAACGGUCAAGAGAUUAAGUGAUCAAACGUUAGCAAAGUUCAAUAUAGGAGAUGACUGCCCUGUUUUUGAUGGCAUGUUUGAUUACUCUUCGAUUUAUGCCGGAGCGUCAUUGGAUGCAUCGAGGAAAAUAAUAGCCGGUAUGAGCGAUAUAGCGAUCAAUUGGUCAGGAGGACUACAUCACGCUAAAAAGUUUGAACCAAGUGGAUUCUGCUACAUAAAUGAUAUAGUCUUGUGUAUUAUCAACCUAUUGAGAAUAUAUCCAAGAGUGUUGUACGUGGAUAUUGAUCUACAUCAUGGGGAUGGAGUUCAGGAGGCAUUUUACACAACUGAUAGAGUUAUGACGGUCAGUUUCCACAAAUAUGAUGGUGAGUUUUUUCCUGGUACAGGGUCAGGUGAUGAAGUCGGGAUAGGUAAAGGUAAAAACUUUUCCAUAAAUGUGCCCUUGAGAGAUGGUGUUGAUGAUGAAUCAUAUGUGGCUUUGUUCAAGCUGAUUAUGCAAGGUGUGAUACCCAAAUUUCAACCAUCCAUCAUUGUUGCACAAUGUGGUGCAGAUUCACUAGGUGGUGACCGUUUGGGAAGAUUCAAUCUAUCGUUGAAGGGACACGGGAGUUGCUUAAAUUUCUUGAAAAGUUUUGAAAUACCAAUGGUGGUAUUGGGAGGUGGUGGAUAUACACCAAAGAACGUUUCACGUUUGUGGUGCUACGAAACUGCAGUUUUAACUGAUACAACAUUGAAUGGGAAAAUACCAAAUUAUGGUGGUACGUAUCAAUGGUUUGGUGAUGAAGGGCUUCAUCCUGAAUUGACGGGCAAAAUUGAAAACAAAAACACAAAGAGGUAUUUGGAGAGUGUGCUACAAAACAGUCUCGAGCAUCUACGGUACUUGGAUUAUGCUCCAUCGGUUCAAAUGUAUGAAAUACCUCCGGAUCUUUGA